GAAACGUGUAAGUAAGAACGGCUUAAAUUGAAAAGUGAAGAAUCUUAUUAACAGAUGAUUAUUCAUGUACUCAUAUCUAAUUUGUGCUAUAUGGAUAAAUAUUUUUAACACAAGCACGGAAAUAUGGAAAUAAGCACUCUAGUGGUAGUUCCACUCAGACGAGAAAGAUGACCAAACGGCGCUUGAGCGCCUGUAGAUAAAGGAUGAGGAUCCUAAUUAUUUGCACAUUGGCUUAUAUAGCCUUAGUUUCUAGUAAGAAAUCAUACAACGGAUACGAAUUAUUAAAUAUUGAAUUGAAUAAUUAUCAAAGAAUACUUUUAAUAGAAAAUUUAAUCUCCAUAAAUAAAGUUCAACCUGCUUCAGUUGUUAUCCUUAAAAUUCAACCUUUCGUUCUACUUGUACAUGGAGAAGUAGCCGAGUUGAUUUAUGAACUAUUAACGAAUCUUGGUACAAAAUAUUCUAUUGAGGAGAACAUUGAUAAUCUAUUAAAGAUACACGAAAAUUAUAAUUCAAUGGCUCCUCUUCAAAGUAACGGAACGCUUAAUUUGAAUCGUUAUCACACCUACGAUAACAUUGUUCAAUGGAUGUUUCAAAUGAAAAGGGAUCAUUCGAACGAUGUGAAAAUAAUUAAAAUUGGUAAAUCUUGGCAAAAGAGGUCAAUUUUUACAAUAAAGAUUAAUAAAGGAGGUAAAAUUGGUAGAAAAGCUAUUUGGUUAGAUGCCGGAAUUCACGCUAAUGAAUGGAUUGGACCAGCAGUAAUGCUAUAUUUUAUAAAAGAUCUUCUCACCGGUAAUUCUCAAAUGAUAAACUUUAUGACUGACAAUUUCGACUGGUACAUCACGCCCGUAAUAAAUCCAGAUGGUUAUAAUUUCGCGUGGAAACAUGACAGACUGUGGAGAAAAACUAGAUCUUCUCAUCCUAACAAUAAAUGCGUUGGUGUAGACGCCAAUAGGAAUUGGAAUAUUUUCUUUGGAGAGAAGCUGGAUACUAAAGACGAAUGUUCCAAUACAUACGAAGGACCAUUUGCUUUUUCCGAACCGGAAGUGAAAGCUGUAGCAUCAUUUUUGAAAAGUAAACAUGAUAUUAUAGCUUAUUUAGCAUUUCAUAGUUACAGUCAGGCAUGGAUGAUACCCUUUGCUAACAGCAAAAGUGACAAACCGAGAGAUUACGACCGUUUGAUAAAUAUGGCUAAAGAUAUAUCGGCAGCAGUUACGUCUAAGAAUGGCGAAAAGUAUACAUUUGGCAGAAUAUCCGAAUUUGCGGGAGAGGCUACAGGAUCAUCUGCUGAUUAUACUUAUUUGAAAUUGAAUAUAACGUAUUCAUUUGGCGUGGAGCUGAGAGAUAGAGGUUUUUAUGGAUUUCUCCUACCUCCUGAUCAAAUUUUCCCAACUGCUCAAGAAAAUCUGGUUGGUCUCUACACACUCUCUCAACGUUUAGCAUCAUUAAGAAACACCUUCUAGUAUUGUAUAAACAGUAAUACGUUACCUACCAAUAUUAUAUUCUUAAAGAUGAUCUAAGGAUGAUAAUAUGAAUACAUUUGCAUAUAUUAAAA